CCCCCCCCCCCCCCCCGGCGAAUCGUCGAACUUUCCUUCCUAACCCGACCAACCAUCUCUCUCUCUCUCUCUUUCUCCCAUUCGGAAUAUUGAUUCUUGCCCUCUCGCCCGCCUUCCUGGUGCUUCUUGGGAGUUGGGAGGGAGGGAGGGGAUGGACUGGCGGCCGGACGGCGCGGCGCCGCCGGUUCCGGUGGCGGCGGCGCCCGUCGUACCUGUGGAUUUCACGGUGGUCAAGAGGCGGCUCGGUGGCGGCGGCGACAUGGAGGUGCGCGACGCGUCGGGCGGCCUCGCGUUCCGGUUCGUGGCGGCGGCGGCGGCGGGCGGUGGCGGGGGCGGGGGCAGGGCGCUGCUCGACGCCGCCGGUGGUGUUCUCGUCACCGUGAGGAGCGGCGAGGUGAUGGGAGAGUGGCAAGCAUUCAGAGGAAACAGUUUGGAUUAUAAAGACAUAAUUUACACGGCAAAAUCAAUAUCAGUUUGUUCAAAUCGAAAUGAAGUACAUGUAUUCAUGCCACCAAGAAGCAAUUUUCAAGAUACGAAAGCAAGCUACAGGCUCAUAGGAAAUACAUCCCGGAGAGCAUGCACAAUAAUAAGUGGGGACUCCAUUGUUUCUCAGACAAAUCUCCUAUAUAAACUCAAGAAGGUUGUCUAUUCAACACGGAAGUUUAGAGUGACCAUUUACCCAGGAAAUGAUACACUUCUUGUCAUGGCAAUGGUUAUGAACUUCUUUAUGGAAAAAUGACACACAAUCGGAAUGCCUUUUUGAGGAAAUGAUAACUUCCUGCCAGCAUAAAUCCUGUAUAUAUUUUUCUUUAUUAUUGACCAGAUUGUUUACGCCCUUAAUAUGGAAUUAUGGAUGCCUCAUUCUUCUGUCAUUCAGCAAAUUCUCUUUACUGAACCCACUGAUGUAAAUGUCAAAAGCAUUGUGGCU